UUUUAGAAUUUAUAGUGAAAAAAUGACUCAACCAGUAGCUGAUAUUGCUGUUAUUGGACUUGCAGUAAUGGGACAAAAUUUAAUUUUGAAUAUGAACGAUCAUGGAUUUGUGGUUUGUGCAUUCAAUAGAACAGUUCAAAAAGUCGAAGAAUUUCUUGCAAAUGAAGCUAAAGGGACUAAAAUAGUUGGAGCAACUUCUUUAGAACAUAUGGUUAAACUUCUCAAACGGCCUCGUAGAGUUAUGCUUUUGGUAAAGGCUGGAAGUGCUGUCCAAGAUAUGAUUGACAAAAUAGUUCUACUUUUGGAAUCUGGUGAUAUUAUUAUUGAUGGAGGGAAUAGUGAUUAUCAUGAUUCUAAUAGAAGAUUUGAAGAAUUAUCAAAGAAAGGAAUUUAUUUUGUUGGUUCCGGUGUCAGUGGUGGUGAAGAAGGAGCCAGAUAUGGGGUUAUUUUUAUAUUUACACUUAAUCCAAUUUCACUUAUUUUUUUCCUUUUUCAGCCUUCUUUAAUGCCUGGUGGUUCUCCAGAAGCCUGGAAACAUUUAAAACCAAUUUUCCAAGGAAUCGCAGCAAAAGCCCCAGAUGGCCUUCCAUGUUGUGAAUGGGUGGGGACUGCAGGUUCUGGGCAUUUCGUUAAAAUGGUUCACAAUGGAAUUGAGUAUGGCGAUAUGCAAUUAAUUUGUGAAGCUUUCCAUUUAAUGAGUAAAGGAUUGGGACUUGAUUUUACAAAAAUGGCUGAGAUUUUUGAGGAUUGGAAUAAAGGAGAACUCGAUUCCUUUUUGAUCGAGAUUACUGCAAAUAUUUUGCGUUAUCGUGAUGAAGAUGGAGAGCCAAUGGUGCAGAAAAUACUUGACUCUGCUCAACAGAAAGGUACGGGCAAAUGGACGGGUAUUGCUGCACUUGAAUAUGGAAUUCCUGUUACUUUAAUUGCUGAAGCAGUUUUUGCCCGUUGUUUAUCUUCUCUAAAGGAACAACGAGCUUUAUAUGCUUCCAAAGUUGUUAGUUAUGCUCAAGGAUUUAUGCUACUUUCUGAGGCGAGUAAUCAUUUUAAUUGGAAUUUGGAUUAUGGGGCUAUUGCAAUGAUGUGGAGAGGUGGAUGUAUUAUUCGUUCGCGAUUUUUGGGACGAAUUAAAAGUGCUUUUGAGAAAAAUCCGAAACUUGUAAAUUUACUUUUGGAUGAUUUCUUUCUUGAUGCGAUGAAGAAUGCUCAGAAUUCUUGGCGUGAAGUAAUCUCUACAGCCGUUCAACUCGGUAUUCCAAUGCCUGCAUUUAGCGCUGCAUUAGCAUUUUUUGAUGGUUAUCGUUCUGAAGUUUUACCAGCUAAUUUAUUACAGGCACAACGUGACUAUUUUGGUGCUCAUUGUUAUGAACUUCUUUCAAAGCCAGGAAUUGCUUUACAUACAAAUUGGACAGGAAAAGGAGGACGAGUUACAUCGAAUGCUUAUUCUGCUUAA